CUUCCACCUGGCUCCACUUUACCACUGUCUUCUUCUUCUUCUUCUUCUUCUUCUUCCUUUCAUUAUUACCUUUUUCACCCUCUCACCUCAAUCUUACCCCUCGGCCCCUCACCAAAUCAAGAUACGGAGUACUUCAUUUUUCCACACAGAAAUUAACAACACAAACACAAACUCACAAAAUUCAUGGACUUCUCGUGCUACGACCUCCUCUUCUUCUUGCUCCACAAUCACAUCAACACCGUGCUUUAGGGUUCUUCCUUUGGAAUUUUCUUAGGAGAGAGAUACUUUGUUUUUCUUGGAAUGGCCACGCCAUUAACGGGGAUUGGACAUAGAGAUGGAGGUGGAGUUGCGAUUUUGGCAGGUCCAGUUAACGCGGUAGAUCCUUCGCCUCCGACUUCGUCCUCAUCAUCCAAACCUUCUUUGAAAAAUUCUGCUCAGAAAUCCCCCAUUUUGAUUUUUUUGUUCUUCCAUAAGGCUAUUAAAGCCGAGCUUGAAGGUCUUCAUCGUGCUGCUAUUGAUUUUGCCAAGAAUCACGGAACCGAUAUCCAGCCGUUGCUCAAGCGCUAUCAUUUUCUUCGUUGCAUCUACAAGCAUCACUGUAAUGCUGAGGAUGAGGUUAUCUUCCCAGCUCUUGACAUCCGCGUAAAAAAUGUAGCUAGAACCUACUCUCUGGAGCAUGAAGGUGAAAGUGUUCUCUUUGAUGAAUUGUUUGAGCUGUUGACCACAAAGGUACGAGAUGAAGAAACCUACCGAAGAGAAUUAGCUUCCCGUACAGGAGCCCUCCAAACGUCAAUCAGCCAGCACAUGUCCAAGGAAGAAAAGCAGGUGUUCCCUUUGCUUAUUGAAAAGUUUUCGUUCGAGGAACAGGCAUCACUAGUUUGGCGGUUCCUGUGCUCUAUACCUGUUAAUAUGAUGAUGGAGUUUCUUCCUUGGCUUUCAUCAUCUGUCUCCACCGACGAGAGUCAGGAUAUGCAGAAAUGUCUUCGCAAAAUUAUUCCAAAUGAGGAUCUUCUUCAUAAGGUCAUAUUCACCUGGAUGGAUGGAACUGAAAUGGAUAAACCUCGUUCAAGCUGUGGUACCACGGUGCAGUGCAGCAUAGACUCUACAGCAUGUGCUUCAGUGGGUCAAGCCAAAGGGUCAUCCUGUGCUUGUGAAUCUUCGCAGACUGGCAAAAGAAAACGCGUCAAACUGAGUAGUUCUACUGCAGAUUCAGAUCUCAGUUUCCCAAUAGAUGAGAUAUCACUGUGGCAUAAGGCGAUAAACAGAGAACUAAGUGAAAUAGCAGAAGCUGCUAGAAGAAUGCAGCUAAAAGAUGAAUUCUCUGAUUUGUCUGCAUUCAAUGAGAGGCUACACUUCAUUACUGAAGUUUGCAUAUUUCAUAGCAUCGCUGAGGAUAAGGUUGUAUUCCCUGCCGUAGAUGCAGAAUUGUCCUUUGCUCAGGAGCAUGCUGAAGAAGAAAGCAAAUUUCAGAAAAUCAGAUGCUUAAUAGAGAACAUACAGCUUGCCAACGCAGAAUCAUCUUUAGACGAUUUCUAUUCAAGACUAUGUACAUAUGCUGAUCAAAUAACAGGCACCAUACAGAAGCAUUUCCGGAACGAGGAAAUUCAGGUACUUCCACUUGCCCGAAAGCUAUUUAGCCCGCAGAGACAAAGAGAACUUAUGUACCAGAGCCUGUGUGUGAUGCCAUUGAAAUUAAUUGAACGUGUAUUGCCAUGGUUAGUCGGAUCACUUGGCGAAGAAGAAGCAAAGUGCUUUCUUAAAAACAUGUAUAUGGCAGCUCCAGCUGCAGAUGCUGCACUUGUUACACUUUUUUCUGGUUGGGCGUGCAAAGGUAGUAAAAUGAACGUCUGCUUGUCCUCAAGUGCAAUUGGUUGUUGUCCAGCUGGUCUGCUUAGUGGGGAAGGCAAUGAACAGUCUCUUGUUAGUGAAUACACUGCGUGCUUAUCCAAUGGGGAUAAAGCUUCCAUAACACAACAGGAUGAUGAAGAUCGGCCAUUCAAGCGGAGUAACAUGACAUCAAGAGAAGAGACUGGUAAUCUUGAAGACAGAAAAGGAGGUAAUUUCCAGUGUGGUACUCUAUCCUGUUGUGUCCCUGGUUUAGGAGUUAAUAAUGGUCACCUGGUAGUGAGUUCAUUAGCUGCUGCGAAAUCUCUACGUUCCUUGUCUCUUAGUCCCACUGCACCCUCCCUUAACUCGAGUCUUUUCAAUUGGGAGACUGAGAUAAGCAUUUCAAAUACUGGAUCUACUACGAGGCCUAUUGAUAACAUAUUUAAGUUUCAUAAAGCAAUCCGCAAAGACUUGGAGUACUUGGAUGCUGAGUCUGGAAAAUUAACUGAAUGUGAUGAGGCAUUUCUUAGGCAGUUUAGUGGCCGAUUUCGACUUUUGUGGGGACUGUACAAAGCUCAUAGUAAUGCGGAGGAUGACAUAGUAUUCCCAGCACUGGAGUCCAAGGAAGCUCUUCACAAUGUCAGCCACUCUUAUACUUUGGAUCACAAGCAAGAAGAGAUGCUUUUCGAGGACAUAUCUUCUGCACUGUCUGAACUUUCACAACUCUGCGGAGCAUUGAGUAGACCUAGUGCUGCUGAAGCCCCACGUGGAUACGACUCCAAUGAAAGCGACCCUGGUGAUAAAUUGAGGAAGUACCAUGAGCUUGCUACCAAGCUUCAGGGAAUGUGCAAAUCUAUAAGAGUAACUCUUGAUCAGCAUGUUCUCAACGAAGAGCGCGAGCUAUGGCCUCUGUUUGACAAACAUUUUUCCGUGGAGGACCAGGAUAAAAUUGUUGGCCAUAUAAUUGGUACUACUGGAGCAGAGGUGCUUCAAUCUAUGCUUCCAUGGGUAACUUCUGCACUAACCCAAGAGGAACAGAAUAAGAUGAUGGACACAUGGAAGAAUGCAACCAAGAACACUAUGUUUAGUGAAUGGCUUAAUGAAUGGUGGGAAAGCGCUACUCCCUCUCAACAAUGUUCAACAUUAGAGAUAAGUUCAACACAAGGCCAUGAUGUGUGCGAUGCUUUGGACUCCAGUGAUCAAACUUUCAAGCCUGGAUGGAAAGAUAUUUUCAGAAUGAAUCAGAGUGAACUUGAGUCUGAAAUAAGAAAGGUCUCUCGUGAUUCAAGCCUUGAUCCACGAAGAAAAGAUUACUUGAUUCAAAAUUUGAUGACCAGUCGCUGGAUCGCUGCUCAGCAGAAGAUUUCUCAUGAAGGGACAGGUGAAUCUUCAAAUGGCGAUGACCUGCUUGGAUGCUGUCCAUCAUACCGAGAUCCUGAGAAAAAAAUCUUUGGAUGUGAACACUACAAAAGAAAUUGCAAACUUCGAGCUGCUUGCUGUGGAAAAUUGUUCCCAUGUAGGUUCUGUCAUGACAAAGUCAGUGACCACUCCAUGGAUAGGAAAGUUACCACUGAAAUUAUGUGUAUGCGCUGCUGUAAAAUUCAGCCUGUUGGACCGGUUUGCACAACGCCUUCAUGCAAUGGACUUUCAAUGGCCCAAUAUUACUGUAACAUCUGCAAAUUUUUUGAUGAUGAGAGAAGUGUCUAUCAUUGCCCAUUCUGCAACUUGUGCCGUGUGGGGAAGGGCCUUGGUUCAGACUUCUUCCACUGCAUGACUUGCAAUUGCUGCCUGAGUGUGAAGCUGGUUGAUCAUAAAUGCCGUGAGAAAGGUCUGGAAACAAAUUGCCCUAUCUGCUGUGAUUUUCUCUUCACAUCAAGUGCAUCAGUCAGAGCUCUUCCCUGUGGCCAUUUUAUGCAUUCAGCUUGCUUCCAGGCCUAUACUUGCAGUAACUAUAUUUGUCCGAUUUGUAGCAAGUCCUUGGGAGAUAUGGCGGUCUAUUUUGGUAUGCUUGAUGCUCUGCUGGCUUCUGAACAGCUGCCUGAAGAUUAUAGGGAUCGCUGUCAGGACAUACUUUGCAAUGACUGCGGAAGAAAAGGAACUGCACGGUUUCAUUGGCUUUACCACAAGUGCGGAUUAUGUGGAUCAUACAAUACUCGUGUCAUCAGAAAUGGUCCUGCUGACUCCAACUGUUCAUCAUUGACAUAACAACAAAUUUUCAGUGUCCGCUUGGGUGGUUAUAUUGUAAAUAUCUUGGCGGCAGUACAUAUAAAACUUUAUUCUUUUUCCUCCCUUUACAAUGUUGUAGUAGUUGAAAAAUGGGGGUGUUGUGGGAAGGUUAAAUGAGUUGCUUGCUAUGUUGAGCGAUUCUUAGAUUUCCAAAAUUUUUGGCCAAACAAGGAGUCAAAUCCUCUUGCAGUUUAUCGAUUAUUGCUUUUUCACAA